GUUUUCCCCAUCGUCUAGUCAACACAAAAGUGUUAAUUAACAUUCGGAAUAGUAAACACAACUAAGUGUGUACAGCGUUCCCUUUUAGAAGUUGGCAAGAAGGGUGGCGGUAAAAAUGGGAGUUCCCCCCGACUUUGUAAAGCAUCGACCCUGUAAAGCAUCGAGUUUGCUCGGAAUGGCUGUAAAAGGGGGAGCAUCAGAUGCGCGCACAUCUAACGGGGUUAUCUAUACCGUUGCAAAUGAUCGCUCUACUCCCCGGCAUGCUGUGCUAUCCACCUGGCGAUUAAAGGGGGAAAAUAAUUUGCCAAAGGGGUGUAACAUGUACUUCCGAGGAGAUGCACAUUUUUAGUACCCGUAGGGAAGUUAUAAUGUACAUAUGUGCACACCCCUGUUUGCUCAUUUUUGCCGCACUUCCAUGUGAAUCCCUGAUUGGGUGAAGCAGCUCGCGGGAAUAAGGCAAAACCGAACAGAUAAAAAAAAAAUGCAUACACGGAUGACUUUUUAUAAGAUGGUGCGAAAUAAAAACUAAAUUUUGAUAAGUCAAUUCAGUGCGAAUUGCGGGAAAAUAAUUUCGUUCGCUUAAAAAGGUAGAGCUUCCUCCAAGUUGUGUUUGAGGAGGUAGACGGAGAUAGGCCUAUAUACACGUUGCCGUUACGUUCAAAAUUGUGAGGAAAAAAAAAAAAAAAAAAGGGACCUCACACUGAAGUCCGCAUUACACAUAAAAUAGUGAAGGCGAAAAGGUUAAUCGAACUGUUUGGUUAAACACUUCUGGUUGGUAAGAUGAAACGCAUUUCUUACGAGCGUCCCUACUUUUAACGAAGAUGAAAAUACCGAACCCCCGCGUUUAUUUGGAUGUCGCCAUAGGGGGGAGGAACGCUGGGAGGCUGAUAUUUGAGCUGUUCAUGGAUAAGUUACCAAUCACGUGUGAAAAUUUUCGCUGCCUCUGCACAGGUGAGACAGGCCUGGGCUACUACCUGAAACCGCGCUGGUACAAGAACUCCCCCAUUCAUAGAAUUGUCACAGAUUUUAUGUUCCAAGGAGGGGACUUCAAUUUUGGGAACGGCUUUGGCGGGGAGUCCAUAUAUGGACAGUACUUCCGAAACGAAAAGUUCAUCUACCGGCAUUCGAAAAGAGGCGUGCUGUCCAUGUGCCAGACGAGGAUCAAACACACAAAUAACUCCCAAUUUUUUGUAACCUUUAAAAGUUGCCCAUGGCUGGAUAAGAAGCAUGUGGUCUUUGGGCACCUGGAAUACGGAUUUGACACCCUGUCGUUUAUUGAGGAGCAGUCGACCCUAAUUGGGAAGCCGAAGAAGCAAGUCUACAUUUACAACUGCGGGGUGAUACCACUGGAUCGAAUCAAACCCAAGUCGCAGGCGACGUCCGACGAUGAUUAUGUCAUACCGGAUGUGGAAAUGCCGCUGUUGGAGCGGGACAUCCAUUUUAACGAAAAUGCGGACUUCAGCGAGUUGAAAAAUAUGUACAAGUAUAGCAAGCGCGUUUGAGCGAAAAGGG